AUGGCAGACACAGCCGUUGCAGCUCCUGCAGAUAAGAAGGCGCCUCCCAAGUUCAAGCAGAGGACCACUCGCACCUUCAAGAGCAAGGCUCCCAAGCCUGGCCAGAAGGGAUUUGGAGAUGACAUCCCUGGGAUGGAGGGUCUUGGCACAGACAUCACGGUGGUUUGCCCGUGGGAAGCCUUCGGCGACAUGGAGCUGAGCGAUCUGGCAAAAUACGGAAUUGUCUAGAUCCCCUUCCUCUGCCCUCGACCCCAAACACGGCUGC